AUGGACGCCGUGGCGGAGCAGAUAAAGGCAAAGAUUAAGAAAGUGGAAACAGUAAACUCUGUCUUCUUCUAUGUAUACAUCCAGACCGACAACUUCGAAUCCCUGAAAAAGGUCAACCCCCAGAUCCUCCGCACGGCGAUCGAAGCUAUCAGCGCGGGUCUGCCGCGUAUCCCCGAGCCAUGGAGCAGCAAGAUCUUCUACUACAACCAGUACGACCUCCUGAUGGAGCUCUCGCAGCGCCAGAAGAAAUGGACCUUCUCGGAGUUCCGACCGGACGGCAUUGUGGGAUUCGCACCGGGUUCCAACGCGAUGAACAUGGCCCACGGCAUCGGGCACGGGUAUCACGCCUCCCACAGCGAUACCUUCCAGGACAUCCCGUCAAAGAUGAAAAUCUUCGCUGCGCUGAACCGGGAUCGGUGCGGCCAUGGCUCGAGCUUUAAUGCUGCGGAUGGCGAGGCGGUCAGCUGGGUGCAGGUGUGGCCGGGGCUUUGUGAGUAUUUUGGCCUGGUCGGGUGCGAGCCUGCGGAUGGUGAGCAGAAGGCUUCCAUGCAGGAGUUUGUAGAGGGUCAUAUGGACACGUGGAAGGCGUUGGUGGAACGCUAUGAGCUGAAGAAGGGCUCCGUGGAGGCGCAGAGUUGGGACCAUGUGCAUUUCAUGCUUGUGGACUUUGAUUUCGAUCGACAGUAUUCGCCUAGUAGAGCUCGGGCGGCGGGGUUCCAGGAUUCGAUUGACACCGUUGAGGGCUAUCGGGUGGUGUUUGAUAGGAUGGUCAGCGCGAGGCUUAUUCCUUCGUUCCGAUAG